CGCGUUCAAUCGGUCGUGUAUGCAUGCGAUGGCUGCUUCGAGAGAGUCACGAGUCAUGCUGGACUUUUGUCCACAGCUAGGCGACCAAUCUUGCCUCUCGAUCUUCAACUUGCACACUCGCCACCACUGUCCCUCUGCUGCCUCUACCAUCAAGAUCCAAGAGCGAUAUUUAAGAGAGACGAUCAGCGCACGCGCAAUCUCUAAUCCGCACAGACGAUAGAUAGCUCCAAAAGCUGCAGGACCAACUGGCCCAAAAUGUCAUCGAACAACCCUUCAGGAUCCAACGUGCCUGCAGGUGGAGCUCAAGCGCAAGUCCAAACUCAGACACAAGCCCAAGGUGAUCAGGGUCAGAAUAACGAGCUGCCUGGACAUGGUGUGUUGGAGGAGGACGAUGAAUUCGAAGAGUUUGAAGCUCACGACUGGCAAGACUCGGCCACCUCCUUGUCCCACAUUGGUUCCAACACCACUCCAUCGGGCGCGGCAGGAGCAGCAGGAUCGAGCAUGAUUGGCGAGCGAGGCGCCACUGGUUCUCAGACUGGCGGGGCUGAUCAUCUGUGGGAGGAUAAUUGGGACGAUGAUGAUGUGGAGGAUGAUUUCAGUCUAGCCUUGAGGGCUGAGCUGGAAAAGACUUCUCACGCCAUGUCGACCUAAUUUGAUUCAGCGAGGCCUUAGCCCAGAAUCUCGGCCAAGAGCAAAGCAUCGCCAGCACAAUGCUUUUACCAUACGAUUUCUGCAGCGGCUUCUAUGCACGGGCGCUCUGUUCACCUACAUCCCCUAAAUCCAAGCCGAAACGAAGUGCUCAUCAGCAAUGCAUACCAAUAGCGAAUCGAGAAUCGUUGACCUGAUUUUCCC